GUCAGGUUCGGAGGACGUAUGAAGAAUUCUACCUCUCCAUUUGAAGUAAAGCAUCCUGUUGUGAUUCCUAAAGACGACCAUACCACAAAACGUCUUGUAUGCCACUAUCACCACGGGAAGCAGCACCACAAAGCCUAUGGUAUCACACACAAUGCGAUAAGACAAGCCGGAUAUCAUAUUAUCAGUGGUCGCUCUGUUGUCUCCCAUGUUAUUUCGAAGUGUGUCUCAUGUCGCAAGGCUCGUGGCAAGUUUCAAGAUCAGAAGAUGGCAGAUCUACCAAGUGAACGAGUAACGCCAUCUCCUCCAUUUACAUACACUGGCAUGGAUGUCUUUGGUCCAUUUAUUAUUAAAGAAGGACGGAAGGAGUUAAAAAGAUGGGGCCUAAUCUUCACGUGUAUGGCCUCCAGAGCCAUCCAUCUAGAAACCCUAAACGCAAUGAACACCGAAUCUUUCAUUAACGCUCUAAGGCGUUUCAUCGCAAGACGAGGAAAGGUUCGCGAAAUUAGAUCAGAUCAAGGGACUAAUUUCGUUGGCGCUAAAUACGAGCUUUCCUCAGCUUUCCAAGAGCUUCAAGAAGAAUCAAUCAAACAGUACCUCUCCUCCCAAGAUUGUGAUCUCAUCCACUUCAAGAUGAAUGUACCCCAUGCGUCUCACAUGGGCGGUAUAUGGGAACGUCAGAUACGUACCACGCGUUCUGUCCUCCAAUCUCUGCUGCGUGACCACAGUACACAAUUAGAUGACGAAUCACUCCGUACACUGAUGACCGAAGCCGAAAGUAUUGUCAACAAUAGGCCAUUAACUGUGGAAAACCUUGCAGACCCAUUAGGAGCAGAACCACUGACGCCCAACCACUUACUGACUUGCAAAACUCAGGUCGUCCUUCCUCCACCCGGAAAAUUUGAAUCACCUGAUUUAUACUCCAGGAAAAGGUGGCGUAGAGUUCAAUACCUAGCAAACCAAUUCUGGUUAAGAUGGCAAAAGGAAUACUGCGCCCUAUUACAGAAACGUCAAAGGUGGACGAGCACCAAACGGAACGUGAAGGAAGGGGACGUCGUUCUGAUGAGCGACAAAGACCAACCAAGAAACCGCUGGCCUUUAGCCUUGGUAUCAAAGACCUAUCCAAGCAAAGACCAGCUAGUGCGAAAGGUGCAAGUCACCACUGUGAAAGAUGGCCUGAAGAAGACGUAUGACAGACCAAUCCACAAGCUUGUACUGCUCAUUGCAGCUGAAGACCGAUAGAACAUUGAACAACCCAUAAGCUUUAUAUGAAGCACUUUUACACUUGUAUCACAAAUAAUUUUUAGAAACAUUUAUGAUUAGUUGGUUCCAGUUUUAUAACUAUGAUUCAUAGCUUUAGUGAUUUUUUCUUUAAAUUUGCCUACAAAUUUAGGGAAGCAGUGUAACGGCAUACGUGCCUGGUAAUCUUUAACCAUCUGUUUGUUUUAGUAAUCACGUGUUUUAUGUCAUCCUUUAUAUGUUAUUCGAUCUUGUAAUGUGAGUCCAUACGCUCACAGUAAUUUGACGAGUUAGUACCAGUUUUUACUCUAUUAAAGAUGACUCCGUGAAGUUUGUGAGCGUCAAGUUUUUUAUGGUUUCACGGAACCUCUAUAUGUCUAGCUGAU